ACAUUUGCCAUGAAGAUCCUGAAGAAGCGCCACAUUGUCGACACGAGGCAGCAGGAGCACAUCCGCUCUGAGAAACACAUCAUGACCGAGGCGCACUCUGACUUCAUCGUCAGGUUGUACCGGACGUUUAAAGACAGUAAAUAUCUGUACAUGCUGAUGGAAGUCUGUCUGGGAGGAGAACUGUGGACCAUCCUGAGGGACCGAGGUUCCUUUGAGGAUUCGACCACCAGGUUCUACACAGCCUGUGUCGUUGAGGCAUUCGCCUAUCUGCACGCCAAAGGUGUCAUAUACAGAGACCUGAAACCUGAAAACCUCAUCCUUGACAGCAGGGGAUAUGCGAAACUGGUUGACUUUGGGUUUGCCAAGAAAAUCGGUUUCUGUAAGAAGACAUGGACAUUCUGUGGAACACCGGAGUAUGUAGCUCCAGAAAUCAUCCUCAACAAAGGUCACGACAUCUCAGCAGACUACUGGUCCCUGGGCGUCCUGAUGUAUGAACUGCUAACGGGCAGUCCACCAUUCUCAGGUCCAGAUCCCAUGAAGACGUACAACAUCAUCCUGAGGGGCAUUGACAUGAUUGAGUUCCCCAAAAAGAUCACUAAGAACGCUGCCCAUCUUAUCAAGAAGCUAUGCAGAGACAGUCCCUCGGAGAGACUCGGAAACCUGAAAAAUGGAGUUAAAGACAUCCAGAAACACAAGUGGUUUGAGGGGUUUAACUGGGAGGGUCUGAAGAAAGGAACGCUGACCUCCGCCCAUCAUACCUAACGUUUCUUCUCCAGUUGACACCAGUAACUUUGACAGUUUUCCUGAAGACACAGACGACCCACCGCCAGACGACAACUCUGGCUGGGACUACGACUUUUAGUCAGACGUCCUCCAGGGGCCAACGAGGUCCUCGGUGUGGUG